AUGAAGGCUUGGGUGCUAGCUUUCGUCGCUUGGACGACAACCCAAGCACAGCCGCUUCUCUUUCCUCAUGGAUAUUUCGACAGCGCCAAGAUGCGCCCGCGAGAUCUUAUCUACCUGAAUAUGAUGGCUCAGUCGAACCUCGAGUACGGAGGUGUCACCUUAGAAGUUCGUUUGAAAAAAACAAGUGAUAGAAUCAUUAUCUCAACUCAACGCUCAAAACUGCAUCCAAUUUGAGGAGCUGGAUAAACUCGAUGCAAUCCGCAAAAUCAUUCCACGACCACAAACUCUGGGACGGACUCGCGAAGAAGAUGACAAAGAGCUUGAUCGUAAGCCCAUUGCAUCGCCAACCGUGAGAAAUUAAAAAAAAAACAGUCUCAAUUACUUUUUACAGUCAAACUCUUCGCUAGCAAUCGACUCCGGAACCGCUUCAUUAAAAACAGAAAAUCUUAAAGGUCCAAAAAUACCCUUCCGAACAGUACGAUUAAAACAGCCCAGUAAGUAUUUUUGUAAUACUCAUUCAAAAAGAUUGAUAUAGAGAGAGAAACUCUGAUGGAGAACCCUUUCGAAGACAUCGCGACGCGAGCUCCGCCUAGAGACUACUUAGAGUUCCAGCGUCUGCGGAGCAAGCAUCACAUCAAAAAGAAGAAAAAGACGUCAUCGGAAGCGCACUCAUGA